AUGGCAACUAAAAAAGUUUUAGUGGGCGGCGGUACCGGGUUUGUUGGAACGCGGCUAAGUAGACUUUUAAAAGCUAAUAAUUAUAACGUAAUAAAUCUAUCUCGAAUGCCUGCUGCUAACAAUAUAUCGUGGACAUCAAUAGAAAAUUCUGGUAUACCCUCAAAUACUUGUGCAAUUGUAAAUCUUGCUGGGCAACAAUUUAUGGACUUCACAAAAGUUUGGACUCCAGGAUUUAAACAAAAUGUUCGUAAUUCUCGUGUAUACACAACAAGAGCAUUAGCUACAGCAAUAAACAAAAGUGAAAAUAAACCCAAAGUAUUUGUCUUAAUUACUGGUGUAGGUGCCUAUGAGCCCUCUGAAACUAAUUGUUAUGAUGAAUCAAGCCCUCCAACAGGAAAAGAUUUCUUCUCGAAACUUCUUGUAGAAUGGGAAAAAGCUGCUACUGUAGACCCACCUGUAAGACUUGUAAUAAUUAGAUCAGGUGUAGUUCUUGGCCGAGAGGGUGGCAUGAUUAAAAAUAUGAUAUUACCUUUCUAUUUUGGACUUGGUGGUCCAAUUUCUUCUGGAAAACAAUUCUUACCAUGGAUUCAUAUAGAUGAUCUAACAAGAUUGAUACAUUUUGCUGUAGAAAAUCAAGAGGUAAAAGGAAUAUUAAAUGGUGUUGCACCUCAAGUUAUUACCAAUGCAGAUUUUACAAAGGCAUUUGCUAAGGCUUUAUCCCGACCAGCAAUCUUCACAGUGCCAGAGUUUGCGCUGAAUCUCCUUUUGAAUGAAGAAAGAGCAAUGAUGUUAACAAAAGGUCAACAUGUCAUCCCAAAAAGAACCUUAGAAUAUGGAUUUCAAUACAAAUAUCCUGAUAUUGAUGGGGCUUGUGCAGAAUGUGCCCAUUUAUUCCAAAAAAAA